GCUAGGCUGACGGUCAAGGGGUGACGAUCAAGGGGUUUUGGGGAAUUGGGGUAGGAGGCAUAUGGUUACACAGAGUUGCUUGCAGAUCUAUUUUUCACAAGUGUCACCUGCGUGCUUUGCUGAAGAUGCCCAUGAUGAGGAUACAUGGCGCGGCCUUUGUGGGGCGUUGUUGCGUGAUUGCUGGAGGAAGAACGUUACAGUACACAUUCACGACAUCAAGCCUCGUUCAGUCACGCUCGUUGGUUGGUGACUGCUGGAAGACCACAGAACUUGCCUCAGCCAAACUUGAGCAAUGCGCACCCAAACCACUCAGCACUAACCAAUUGAAGGAGAUGAUUGCUGUUGGGAGGUUGUCUCCUUCUCGUGACACAAGCCAUCCGCCAAGGCGAGAGAGCAGGUUGGCCAACCAUGCAGGGGAGUGGGAGUGCCUUUCUUGCCACAAGUGGCUACCAGCUGAGAGCUUCUACUUUGCGACAGCCAGGCAGAAGCCAAAUAGCAGAUGCAUAGACUGCAGAAAAGAGCAAGGCUUGAAAUAUUUUCGGACUUUGCGCGGAUGCAUCUCUCACAUGCUGGCCAAUGCCAAAAGCAAGGCCAAUGCACGUGGACAGGAGUUUUCCUUGACGUGUGAACAUGUUUGUGAUAUGUUGACAUAUCAAGAGGCACGAUGUGCUUACUCAGGGGUGCCAAUGGAGUUGGUACUUCCAAACAGUCAUUGGCGAGUCUCUCUUGAGCGGGUUGACAACAGCAUAGGAUACACCCGCGCAAACUGCGUGCUGAUUGCUGCUGAAUUCAACAGCUCGGAUUAUAGUCGCCACCCAGGCGUUGAUGCAGACGCAGUCAAAGGAACUGCACAAUGGUCAGCAGAAAAGGUUCAGCAAGUUCAUGCUUUGCGCCAGACCAAUUUGGAUUUGGCGUCGCUUCACAAAGAUAUCGAAGGAGCGCUGCUCCCACCUCCAAGGAUGCCUAGGUCAAGAGGCAAUGCACCAAAAAUGUCAAUGCAGUCAGAGCCAAGUCCAGAGCCAGGCUUUGCACAUUGCACCAAAUGCUUGGAGCAGAAACCACAUGCUGAUUUCUAUAGGGAUGCUUCGAAAUUGAGUGGACAUAGAUCAUCCUGCAAACAGUGUGACAAAGUGGUGGGUCGUGCUUAUCGCUCAACCUUGCGCGGCCACCUGAAAGCAAUUCUGUUUGGAGCGCAGAGUCGUUCCAAGUUGCGAGGGCAAGAAUGCAGCAUAAGUUUGUCAAACCUGUUGUGCUUGUUGGCACGCCAGCAAGGUAGAUGCUUCUAUUCUGGGGUUCCUUUGCAGUACAAAGAAGUCCAUACGAAUUGGCGCCUUUCGCUUGAGCGGUUGAACAAUGAAGUGGGAUAUACAGAGGAGAACUGCGUGCUUAUAGCCAUUGAAUUCAACUCCUCAGAUCAUAGCCGGAAUGUUGCAGUCACCGAGAUCUUUGGAACAGCCCAGUGGUCGCGUGCCAAGGUUCAGCAUGUAUGGGGCACUUUGGAUGAGGAUAAGCAUCUAUGCGAGCUUCCACGUGAUUCUUGCCACUCCGGGGCACUUUCAGUAUGAUCUACGUAUUGAUUUGGAGAAAGCACUUGGCAUGCCUCAACCGUAUGAUGUUCGACCCGUUUGCCCGUGCUACGCUGUUUUUGAACGUUAUUAAUGAUGCAUUAUCAGUGCAAGCUGAGUUCUUUGUUCAGCCCACCUCGUGCAAGCUUCAGCUUGCAGAAGAUGCAUUGCAAUAAUUGGUUUGCACACCAGAUGAGCCACAUGUGAGUUGAUGUGCUUGCUGUCUUAAGACGAAAAAGCUGGUGCUGAAGUAGUGGAGUGCUUGAAGUUGUGGAACGGCUCACCUAGCAAACCAUGAGUUUAUGAUAGUUUGUGCAAUGAAGCUCGCAACUUUGGCCAG